CAAAAACUUCCUUGAUAUUGCAAUUCAUGUAAAAUGCGUGUCAUUUUUUGAAAGCAAGACUACAAUAAAGUCUAGCUCCUAGCAUCCAUUCGCUCACCCUCUUCCUGUUCACUUUCCUCACUUUCUAUAUUGACACAGCUUUCACAGCUUUCCUUCUCCUCCUUCUCCUUUCAACUUUUUUCAUCUGUUUGCGUGAAAAUCCCAAUGGCCUCGUCUCACCAACUCAAGAACUUUGAUGUCUUUUUGAGUUUUCGAGGUGAUGAUACUCACCGUGGUUUUGUCAGCCAUUUAUUUAAGGCCCUGACUCAACAGGGUAUUCAAACUUUCAUUGAUGAUAAUCUCCAUAGGGGAAAAAACAUUUCUGAAGAGCUUCUCAAAACCAUUGAAAACUCAAGCACAUCAAUAAUUGUAUUUUCUAAAAAUUAUGCAUCCUCUAGUUGGUGUUUGGAUGAACUUGCUAAGAUUAUGAAGUGUACCAAAAAAGUGCUACCAGUUUUCUAUCAAGUGGAUCCAUCUGAAGUUCGGAAGCAAAGAGGAGAUUUUGGAAAAGUGUUGACUAAGCUUGAAAAAAAAAUUAAAGAUAAGACAAAGGUACAAAGGUGGAGGGACGCUUUAAAUAAAGCAGCCAAUAUUUCUGGUUGGGAUGACAAAAACAGUUGCACUGAAUCUGAACUUGUCCAAAAAAUUGUUGAAGAGAUCUUAAAUUCUGAAUUCAUUCAAAUGCCAUCAAUUGUUGCUACAAUGGAGCUGGUUGGAAUAAAUUCUCACAUAGAGGCCCUAACAAAACUUUUAGAUAUUGAAUCAAAUGAUGUUCGCAUGGUAAGGAUCACUGGCCUUGGUGGAAUAGGCAAAACUACAAUUGCAAAAGCUAUUUAUAAUAGCUUUUCAAAUCAUUUCAAAGCAAAAAGUUUUCUAGAGAAUGUUAGGGAGUGGUCAGAGACAAAUCAAGGCAUAAUCCAUUUACAAGAGACACUUCUUAAGGGUAUCUCAGAGGACAAGAAUUUGGGGGUGAAUACUAAACCUGAAGUAACCACAAGGAUAAAUAAAAUUCUUCGCCUAAAAAAGGUUCUUAUCAUUCUUGAUGACGUGGAUAAUGCCAACCAGAUAGAAACAUUGCUCGGACAAUGUGAAUGCUUUGUAGGAAGUAGAAUCAUUUUGACAACUAGAUAUAAAAGCUUGCUAGUUAAUCGAAAUGGUCUUUCAACCUAUGAUUAUGGGGUUAAGGGAUUAGAUGAAGAUGAAGCAAUUAAACUCUUUCGUAAGCACGCCUUCCCAAGUAACGAAGUCCCUGAAGAUUAUUUGGAACUUGAGAAACAAGCUAUAAGUUAUGCCAAAGGCCUUCCUCUAGCUCUAAAAGUAAUGGGUCGUGAUUUGUGUGAGCAAACUAUACAUGAAUGGAAUGAUGCGUUAGAUUAUUAUAAAAAAAAUCUUCAUGAAGAUAUUCAAAAAAUACUAAGAAGAAGUUAUGAAGGAUUAACCGAAGAUGAAAAGAAUAUUUUCCUUGAUAUUGCAUGUUUCUUCAAGGGAUAUGAUAUGAGAUAUAAUAUGAUUAAGGAUGAACUGAAAGCUUGUGGUUUAAACCCAUAUGGUAUUCAAAAUCUUAUUAAUAAGGGUCUCAUUGAUCGAUAUAAUGAUUAUUUGUCGAUGCAUGACUUAUUACAACAAAUGGGUAAGGACAUUGUUCGACAAGAAGCACCACAAAAGCCUGGGGAAUGUAGUAGACUAUGGUGUUAUGAGGAAGCUCUUGAUGUAGUAAUUGAAAAUAUGAUAAAAUUCAAAGCAUAAUAUUGUGGUCGCCUAAAUCAGAAUCCGAAGA